GGGGUGGGCCGCGCCGCGGCGGGCGGGCGGGCGGGGGGCGCUUCCUGGGGCCGCGCGUCCAGGGAGCUGCGCCGUCCGCCCGUCCGUCUGCCCGCAGGCACUGCCCGAACCAGCCGAGCCGCCGGAGCCGCGGGCCGCGGGGGCGUCGCGGGCUCAACCCCAGGAUGCUCCCCUUCGCCUCGUGCCUUCCCGGGUCUCUACUGCUCUGGGCACUGCUGCUGUUGCUCUUGGGGGCAGCGUCUCCCCAGGAUUCCGAGGAGCCUGACAGCUACACGGAAUGCACAGAUGGUUAUGAGUGGGACCCGGACAGCCAGCACUGCCGGGAUGUCAACGAGUGCCUGACCAUCCCCGAGGCCUGCAAAGGGGAGAUGAAAUGCAUCAACCACUAUGGGGGCUACUUGUGCCUGCCCCGCUCGGCCGCCGUCAUCAAUGACCUGCAUGGCGAGGGACCCCCACCACCAGUGCCCCCUGCUCAACACCCCAACCCCUGCCUAGCAGGCUAUGAGCCUGAUGAUCAAGAGAGCUGUGUGGAUGUGGACGAAUGUGCACAGGACCUGCAUGACUGCCGUCCCAGCCAGGAGUGCCAUAACCUACCUGGCUCCUACCAGUGCACCUGCCCUGAUGGCUACCGCAAGAUUGGGCCCGAAUGUGUGGAUAUAGACGAGUGCCGCUACCGCUACUGCCAGCACCGCUGCGUGAACCUGCCUGGCUCCUUUCGCUGCCAGUGCGAGCCGGGCUUCCAGCUGGGGCCUAACAACCGCUCCUGUGUGGAUGUGAACGAAUGUGACAUGGGGGCUCCAUGUGAGCAGCGCUGCUUCAACUCCUAUGGGACCUUCCUGUGUCGCUGUCACCAGGGCUAUGAGCUGCAUCGGGAUGGCUUCUCCUGCAGUGAUAUCGAUGAGUGCAGCUACUCCAGUUACCUCUGCCAGUACCGCUGUGUCAACGAGCCAGGUCGCUUCUCCUGCCAUUGUCCCCAAGGCUACCAGCUGCUGGCCACGCGCCUCUGCCAAGACAUUGACGAGUGCGAGUCUGGUGCGCACCAGUGCUCCGAGGCCCAAACCUGUGUCAACUUCCAUGGGGGCUACCGCUGCGUGGACACCAACCGCUGCGUGGAGCCCUACGUCCAAGUGUCCGACAAUCGCUGCCUCUGUCCGGCCUCCAACCCCCUGUGCCGGGAGCAGCCCUCGUCCAUCGUGCACCGCUACAUGAGCAUCACCUCCGAACGGAGCGUGCCCGCCGACGUGUUCCAGAUCCAAGCGACCUCCGUCUACCCCGGCGCCUACAAUGCCUUUCAGAUCCGUGCCGGAAACUCGCAGGGGGACUUCUACAUUAGGCAAAUCAACAAUGUCAGCGCCAUGCUGGUCCUCGCCCGGCCCGUGACGGGCCCCCGGGAGUACGUGCUGGACCUCGAGAUGGUCACCAUGAACUCCCUCAUGAGCUACCGAGCCAGCUCUGUACUGAGACUCACCGUCUUCGUGGGGGCCUACACCUUCUGAGGAGUCGGGGGCAGCCCUCAGGGAGGGGGAGGUUCCCUGUAGCCGAGGAGCUGGGGCUCAGGGAUGACUGUGUUCUGCUAAAAGGGAAGAUGCUGUUGUGAAGGAUAGAGAGAGAAAGGCAAUAAAGGGAGAAAGAAGGAGUCCUGGUGGCUGAGGUGGGUGGGUGACACUGUAGUGAACCCUAGACUGGGGAAGGGGCCAGGCUUGUGGGAAGCAGGCCAGGUCCCCCUAACGGGGGGGGUGGUCUCUGCUCAGGCUGAGGGGCCCCACUGACAGGAGCUGGGAGCUGCAUCCCCACAGCUGGGACUGGUCUAGCUGCCACGGGCAUCAGAAUCUCCUGGAGAAGGGAGGGGGUGUUGAGACUGCAGACUCCAGGUCCCAGCCCAGAAAUCUGGGCUUGGCUGGUUUGCAGGGGCCUGAGACACCCCACUUAGUCAGUGCCAGGAGGCCCUGGGUUUCAAUCCUAACUACGCCUCAAACUAUCAAUUUAGACCAAUGCUAGUAGCUGCCUGGGCCUUAGUUUUCCAAUCCAUAAAAUGAAGCAACUGGACUGUU